GGAACAUUUAUACAAGUGCAACAUUGAAAGUUAGUGAACCUUGUCGGUUUUGACUCUACGCAAGUUACAACGCAUAAACAUUUUUUUUAUAUAUAUUAUAUUCUCACAUAGUUUUGUAAUUUGUACAAAGUCAGUUCAUUUUUUAACAUAACACCUAUCUACUCAUAUUAUAUGACUACUGUGCGUUCUUUCGCUGUUUCAUAAAAACACGUGUAAAUAUUUUCUGAAAAACUUAUAUUUUUCUCUUUUUACUAAAAUAUGCGUCGAGAUGCGACGGAUUUGGGCAUAGCCCAUAAGAAACAUAGGAAGAUUUGGGGGAUGAAAACACUGAAAAUGUGCUUCGGCAAGAGCCGUUUGAAACGACACGAGUCUCUUGACCAAGACGUCAACAUGAUUGGAAUAGCUAUACCGAGAUUAGCUGAGAUUCAGUCACCAUCCAGAAAACGGUCCUUGUCCAUCAAUAACUGUAAUGAUCGCGUGUGUCAUUUGAGGACGCAUCAGCAACGUUGUACAAUGUCGGCCGUUUGUUAUGAUGGUGGAGUAGGUGGCAGAUCCCGAGCUGGUCUCAGACUGAGCUUGAAUAGGAGCAUUAGUGAACCUGGUCCUGCAGUCCCUGUUACAGUGACAACACCGACUAAUUCCAAACGGUUUCGAUUGGAACCCAUUCUCAGCCUUGCGGCCAGCCUACCAGCUAGCCCUAACUCUGAGGGUGCUACAUUAAGCAGCGCCCUUUUACUCAGCAAGGUUAAGAGAUUGGACGCCGAUACAUUGAGACAAAAGUUGGAGCUUUAUGGUCCAGCCGUUUUGACAAUUGACUGUCGUUCAUUUGUAUCUUACAACACUGGUCAUAUCAGAGGUUCCGUCAACGUAAACGUUGCAGACAGGAUAAAUCGCCGACGGUUGCAAAACGGCAAAGCAACUCUAGUGGAGUUGGCGUCAUCAAGAGACGCUAAGGAAGCAUUAAAGAGGCGCGGUUACCGGGAAAUUGUUGUUUAUGAUGACUGUACAGAAGACUUGGACCGAGUACCUCAUAAUCAUCCUCUAUUGCUGAUUCUUGCCUCGUUAACAGAAGAUGAAAGAGAACCUUCCUUUCUUAUUGGUGGUCACAAAGAAUUUCAUUUGCGGCACAAAGAUUUGUGCGAAAAUUCGCUUUUGCCCUCGCCGCUCAGCAGUACUAGCUGCCCGGCCGAAUCUACUAGCGAAAUGAUGGACCAACACCCUUUGACCCAAGUGCUGCCUUUCCUAUACUUGGGCAACAGCAAGGACGCCGACGAUCACGCCAGCCUGUCCGCUAUUGGCGUUACUCGUGUCUUAAACGUUACCACCAGCCAACAGUCGCCGUCUCCACCUAUGGGCGAUCGUCGCACUGCCGGUGUACUGUACAAGAGACUGUCGGCUUUGGACAAUGGACACGCCAAUCUCAAACAGUACUUCGAGGAAGCUUUCGAGUUUAUCGAAGGUGCCAGGAAAACGGGAGGCAGCGUGCUUAUCCACUGUCAAGCCGGCAUAUCCCGUUCGCCGACCAUUGCCAUUGCCUACGUGAUGCGCCACCGAAAAAUGUCCAUGGUUGAUGCCUACAAGACGGUCAAAGCGGCCCGGCCAAUUAUCUCGCCCAACCUUAACUUUAUGGGUCAGUUGCUGGAACUGGAGCAAAGCUUACAGCAGUACGAACAGCAGCAGCAGCAACCGCGUUGCGGCCAAUCUUGGGCCGCUGCCCAACAGCAGUCGACGGCAGACGAACUGUCGCCGGGAUGCAGCACAUGAUCUUCUGCUUCCCCGAUGUAGACGUCUGGAGGGAGCGGGUCGGGAUCGCGUUUAUUUUCAUUGCACACCUGUAAAUUAUAUAUUUAUAUAAACAAGGCAGAGACAAGGAAUCGUCCCCGCUUAGGGCAUGUUAAGAUUAUAUAAUUAUUUACAUCGAGAUAUUCCAACCUAUUAAUGUGUUCCUAUAUUUAGUUAUAUGCUCUCACGCGCAAAUACCUAUGUAAAAAAUUUAAUAAAAUCAUAAAAAAAAGUUUUUAACGAAUGUACGAAAGUUUAUUGUGCGUAUAUGUUAUAGAUAUACUUGUAAUUAUAAUAUAUAACUAUGAAUGUACCAAUUAAGAAACUUUAUUGAGCUUUUGUUGGACACAAUGGUAGACUUGACACGAUUCGAGAAAAACGAGCAUUAUCUAGUCUUGCAAAUUGUACAUAAUAUACCGCUGAGACUAUUAUUAUUUUUUAAUUAAACCGUUAUUAUAAUUUUAUAUAUAUAUAUAUUUAUAAAUUAUAUAUAUAUAUAUACUUAUAUAUAUAUAUUUAUUUAUAUUAAUGUCGUCAUUGAAAAGAUAAAAAUAUAUGUACAUAAUUAUUUUUUAAACAAAAGUAAAGGCUGUGUUUAUAGAUAUUAGAAUUAUGAUGUAUCCAAUCUUAUUAUUAUUAUUUUUUUAAUUUGUGUCCAUGUAGUGAUUUGUAUUUUAUGUUUUACCAUCGAAAUACAAAUUUAAUAUAAUAUAUAUCUAGAUAUAUAUAUAUUUAAUAAUAAUGAAACAAACGUUUUUUUUUCAUUUUACAAAACCCGAUGUUGUGCGUUUACAUACUUAUAUAUAGUUUGUAUAGACACGGUACACGCGUGUUUGCUUUAAUGAAUCACAGUAAUAAUAAUUAUAAAAAUUUUGCGUCUCGCAUUCGUCGAGUGAUUCAUACCAUAGGUGUGCACCUUACACCGUGUGCACACACUAUUGAUUAUUGUUUUAUUAGCCAUACUGUAACGAUUCAAAUAGAUUUUGUAUUUUAAUUAAACGAUUUGUGAGAAAUUCGUUUACUACAGGAUGCUGAUGGGAAAUGCACGUCCGGCCUAAUCAUUGCCAACAAAAGAAUUGGCGUAGGCGAUAAUCGAUUUCAAUAGUUCGUUACAUUUAUCUAUUGCAUUUAAACGAUUCGGUAAUCGCUGCGGAUGUAAUUUCACGUACUUCCGAGUCGACAAUUAUCGUACAAAUUGUCAUGUUUUCUCAUGGCGACUUAUGUAAUUGUCAUCUAAUCGCUGCAUCGGUCCCUCCUAAAAUGCCUGAUUAUACGUUUCUCUACAUAUUAUCUACUAAGUUAAUGGCGUAACACGGUAAUUGCGAUUCGUGAUUAUCCAUGCAAUGGUUCUCGAGUAAUUCGACUUGAUAACUAAUUUCACUGAUUAAAUAGUAUGAAUAACGUGUCUACGCGUUAUUACAGCAAACAUCAAUCGGUGCACCUGGUAAUUCAAAUGUUGUACUGAAUAAACAACGCGAGUAAUGUUUCUCACUACUACUCGUGCUGGCUAAGGUUAAAAAAAGUAUUAGAUGGUGUGAAAAAACACAUAAAAUCGUUGACAGUAUACACAACUGUAGAGCUAUUGAGCAACGCCUUUUCAAUGACUGUAAAACCGUUUUAUGUUCAAUGAGGUCCGUCCGCAGUUAAUUACACAUGCGGUACAAAAGCACGUAAGUCUGAGGAUUAGGACGUUGUUUGUAGUUUGCGCUCUCUUAUCCGAGUUGACCCGGAAACUAAUUCUCUCCCUCGCCGUGUGUUGUUUGUCUCUUUGGGUUUCCGCGGUGGAUACUUCAAGUCCCCGGCGAUUGAUUCUCGACAGGUUUUAAUCCCGCGUUUACAGACCGGUGCAUUGUACACACCAAGGGGGCCUGCGCUAAAUGGGGGAGAUGAUGAGUCAAACCAAAAAUCCCUUUUCAAACAACCGUGCGAGUGUGCCGCACGCUCGUACACCCAUUCAUACUCGCUUUUUUACCCUUUGUGCCGACUAUUAGUCAUCUCUGCGACUACUCUCCUCUUUAUUAUUAUUAUUAUUAUUAUUAUUAUGAGUACACUCCAGCUAGCAGCAGUCGGUUACAUUACGGAUUGAAUGACAUCAUCCGACUAUAAUUUACAGGGAGGGUGAAAAUAUGACUAAUGGCGUUAAAUCGCGGAAAAACUUCAAUACAUUAAUGCAUAAAAAUUAAUUUACAUUUAAUAAUCACGUGAAAUCAGUUACUUAGCGACACAUUUCGUGUUGUUAGUGCGUUUUAUGGCUCUUAAAAAUGUUUUUUAAAAAGAAAUUGCAGAAUUCCUUUAAAGUCGGUGAAUUCUUCACCAGUCUUGAUCAACACGAAACCGAAGCGAGGAUUCAAGAGAUGAUAAGGUUUAUCGAAAGAGACACCGACGAUAAAAUCAGCGUUAUCUACAAUGAAGGACUUAACGAUUGUAACUCUGGUAUACUGCUGAAUAGAGGUCUCGAAGAAGUAGAUCGCCAGUACGCUGUCAAGAGAGCUAUAGUGGAAAAGCAGACUACGAGGCAAGUUAACUGACAUUGUGGUUGUACUCAUAUAAUUUUCAUCAUUUAGCAUAUAUAAUGUUUGAUUGCAGUGUUAUAAAUUUGAUAAAAUGCAAAGCUAAAAUGAGAAUUUUGACCGUUAAAAACGAUUAUGUCAAAUCAAUAGUUGUAGACGUCCAUAGUAGACUGAUUUCAUUGCAAAACAAUCGAAAAGACUAUACCGCCAUACUCCAGUCAUUGAUAAUGCAGUCAAUGUGUCGGGUAAAAAUGUUUAAAAUCUUAACUAAAAACCGUUACUAACAUUACAAAUUGAGUAUGAAAGUUGUUAACAAAUUAGCCAAAAAGAAUAGUUUAUUUGAAUGCUUAGUAAGAAACCUAAAAUACUUUUCAGGCGUCUUUGAUGAGUAUUUUAAUUCAUUUCUUAAAAAGGACAUAUCGAAGACUAUCGAAAACCUAACUGAAAUAAAAUUUGAGUUUUUCUUUAAUGAACUCGUUUGAUUGUGUCUAAUGUAACAACUUUGUUUAUUUUUCUUUAUUAUUAGCUAUUGGAAACGAAUGUCAAUCUAGUACUUCGACCAAAGGAUGUACCCCUGAUCGAACCUUUAUUUCCUUCGAUCGAAUUAGAUUAUUUCACGAUGACUGGAUUAGCCCCAUCGAUCAAAGUGGAUCCUGAUGUCACAUUGCCGGACAAUCACGAAGGCGGAGUUUUGGUUAACUCCAAAAACAAGUCCCUGUUUGUCGAUAAUACAUUGGGCGUGAGGCUGCAACACUUAACCGCCGUUCGAUAUCCAUUCGUUCACGUUGGUUUAUUUAAGUGAAAUCAAAUGAACAAGAUGAAUUCAUUGAACAGCAGGCGAAUUACACACUCGUAAUUCAUUCGCAAAACCAAAUUCAGUUAAAUUGUCGUCAUUUCUUAAAAAAAUGUAUACGUGUCGUCGAUUAAAAAUAAUAAGGUUCGUUAGUUAUUAAUAGUUGUGACUAAUAAGUGAUUAAGUUAGUCAUUAUAUUACUUAACAAUAAAUACGUAGAUGGUCGUACAAAAAAGAUAAUAUUGACAAUUUUUAUAAAAUCAUAUUUAAUUUGCAACAAUUAUACACGAUAUCUAUAUAAAACUAUAUAUAGACUGUUAAGUUAAUGUAUGUGAUUUUGUAUUGUGUUUAUUUAUCAGCUAUAGAUAUUGUGAUAAACAAUGACUCAUGUCAAAUGUUUGUUUGCCUGAA